UUUUGCAGGUAUUAAUUAUCUAUUGAUACAGAACGAAAGCGAAGUAAGUGACGAUCAAAGAUUUGGGCUUUAGGCCCAGAAUCUGAAGCUUUUAUUAUUUGAAAAAGAAGUAUUAUUAAUGGAUCAAUCGGUCAGCGGUAUGCACACAGGAGAGCAUGUGGCAGACGGAACUUCCAAGGAAAAAAUGAUGAUGAUGGUGAUGACUCUGCAAACGAUACGUGUUCAUUAGAGUACAAACGAAAGCAGGUGUGACAAACUUGAAAGGAGGAUUUUGUAUUAUUCUUCUUUUUUUUGUAAUAGUUUUUGUACAGAAGGAGAACGAAAGACCCAAUUCAGUUUAAUUAACAAGAAGUUCUCAAAUCAAUUGAUUGAUGGUAAUGGAGGGCCAACGGGAAUUCCAUGGACGGGAAGAAUUCAAUUCAAACAUAAUGCAUACAAUGGCGGCACUUGCGAUAUGGCUGGGUGCUAUCCACUUUAACUUCCUUUUGAUCCUCUUUUCAAUUUUAUGCCUCUCUUUUUCCAAAUGCCUUCUGGUGUUUGGAAUACUUGUGCUUUUCAUGGUCAUUCCCAUCGAUGAUCGUAGCAAAUUUGGGCGAAGACUCUCCAGGUAUAUAUGUAAGCAUGCUUGUAGUUAUUUCCCCGUCACGCUUCACGUUGAGGAUUACAGUGCCUUCCAUCCCGAUCGUGCUUAUGUGCUUGGGUACGAACCGCAUUCGGUUUGGCCAAUUGGAGUUGUUGCCCUCGCUGAUCUUACAGGUUUCAUGCCUCUUCCAAAGAUUAAGGUCCUUGCCAGUAGCGCUGUUUUCUACACACCUUUUUUGAGGCACAUAUGGACCUGGUUAGGUCUUACUGCUGCAACUAAGAAAAACUUUACUUCCCUCUUAAAAGCUGGUCACAGUUGCAUCAUUGUGCCUGGUGGAGUGCAGGAGGCCUUUCACAUGCGGCGUGGCUCUGAGGUUGCAUUCCUCAAGACAAGAAGAGGGUUUGUUCGCAUAGCCAUGGAACAUGGCACCCCCCUUGUUCCAGUUUUCUGCUUUGGGCAGUCAAAUGUCUACAAUUGGUGGAAGCCUGGUGGGAAAUUCUUCCUAGAACUUUCUAGAGCAAUCAAGUUUACCCCAUUUAUCUUUUGGGGAAUUUUUGGAUCUCCAUUACCUUACCAACAUCCUAUGCAUGUGGUAGUUGGUAGACCUAUUGAGCUAAAGAAAAACCUGCAACCAACUAUGGAAGAGGUAGCAGAAGUACACAGUCAAUUUGUUGAAGCACUUCAAGAUCUUUUUGAAAGACACAAGGCUCGGGUUGGCCAUCCUGAUCUCCAAUUGACAGUUCUAUAACAAGAAUGUUUGUUGCUUGUACUCCCUUUAUCUUCAUGUGGUCGAAUGUUUAUCUAUGUUCCAGCUUGUGUGUAAUUCAAUCACUUGGCCAGCUUCAUGUUUAGGCAUUGUAUUAGUCAGUUGCUUAGCUAGGAAAUAAAACUUGUGGGUCUGGCUGUGAUUAGUGAUGGAGCAAAGCAAGCCAGGAGAAUCAUUUACUUUCAACGUGAUUUCUUGAGUAUCCUAAUUUCUACCAAGAAAGAUUCAAUGGUUCUCUAAAUUCCAGAAGUGUUGACCUGACUAAUUAGAAUGGGCACGUGGAAAAUUGUUCUUUCUUUUAUUGAUAAGUUGGUGCAGAAGUUUUUGGGUUA